CUUCCUGCCGCCGGGGGCGGGGCGGGCCCGGAAGCGGCAGCAGCGGCGCGGGGACCGAGGAGCUGGCCAUGGCUGCGAACCUGAGCCGGAACGGGCCGGCGCUGCAGGAGGCCUACGUGCGGGUGGUCACCGAGAAGUCCCCGACCGACUGGGCUCUCUUUACCUAUGAGGGCAACAGCAAUGACAUCCGUGUGGCUGGCACUGGGGAGGGGGGCCUGGAGGAGAUGGUGGAGGAACUCAACAGCGGGAAGGUGAUGUACGCUUUCUGCAGGGUGAAGGACCCCAAUUCCGGCCUGCCCAAGUUUGUGCUCAUCAACUGGACCGGCGAGGGAGUAAAUGACGUGCGGAAGGGAGCAUGUGCCAGCCACGUCAGCACCAUGGCCAGCUUCCUGAAGGGGGCCCAUGUGACCAUCAACGCGAGGGCUGAGGAGGAUGUGGAACCCGAGUGCAUCAUGCAAAAGGUGGCCAGGGCCUCUGGUGCCAACUACGCCUUCCACAAGGAGAGUGGCCGCUUCCAGGAUGCGGGCCCCCAGGCCCCAGUGGGCUCUGUGUACCAGAAGACCAAUGCGGUGUCUGAGAUCAAAAGGGUUGGCAAAGACAGCUUCUGGGCCAAAGCGGAGAAGGAAGAGGAGAACCGCCGGCUGGAGGAGAAGCGGCGGGCGGAGCAGGAGCAGCGGGCAUGGGAGCAGGAGCGGCGGGAGCGGGAGCAGCGCGAGGCCGCCCUCCGGGAGCAGCGCUCUCAGGAGCAGGGCGGCGGGGCAGGCCCCCGGAGCAGGCAGUGUGAGCAGCAGGAGGUGGUUCCGAGGGACAGUGAGGAGCAGCUGUGGGGGGCCAGGCAGGCUGCCCCUCAGGAACCAGCCUGUCAGCAGUCGGCACGGGAGGUUUUCAAGCAGAAGGAAAGAGCCCUGUCUGCCACGUCUGUCUCCGGCCCCCAGCCAGGCAAGCUGAGGAGCCCCUUCCUGCAGAAGCAGCUCCCCCAGCCAGAGACCCCGCUCGGCAGAGACUUGCCUCACGUCGCCUCACAGCCCAGGGCAGGCAAGGCCCCCGGCCGCCCCGUGGGAGGAGAUGGGGGAGCUCGCCUCCCCUCCUCAGGGUCAGAGUGGGCCACGUCCUCCCAUGCAGGUGUCUGUGAAGAGCCGGCACCCAGCGCCCCUCCCUGCCCAGUGCAGGCAGAAUGGGAGGCCGUGUACGAGGAGCCCCCGGAGCAGGACACGCUCUACGAGGAACCCCCAGUGGUGCAGCCGCAGGAUGUGGAUGCUGAGUGCGUGGACCACUACCCGGGGCUGAGUGGGAAGGGGCUCUGUGCCCGGGCCCUGUAUGACUACCAGGCAGCUGACGACACCGAGAUCUCCUUUGACCCUGAGAACCUCAUCACGGGCAUCGAGGUGAUCGACGAAGGCUGGUGGCGUGGCUACGGGCCGGAUGGCCACUUCGGCAUGUUUCCCGCCAACUACGUGGAGCUCAUCGAGUGAGGGCCUGGCUGCUGCCCAGGCCCAGGGCCGGCCGGCCCUCCCCGCCACACUCGGUCACGUUGCUGGAGGGGGGCAUGUGAGGUCUUCCAGGAUUGGGGACCCCGGGGAGGACGAGCCCUGACUCCCUCUGGCUUGGGUGGCUCAGCCCGUCACCCCAAAUGCAGCAAUAACCUGGUGGUUCCCACACCCGCUUCCAGCAGCCUCACAGGCCCUCUGGUCAGUCUGACCCUUGACCCCAACGGGUCACUGAGCCAAGCCCCGGCCGUGCCAGCCCCUGGGGGUCUGAGCAGGGGCCUCGGGAGGCCUGUCCGCGCCUUCUUCCUUUGCCCCUGGGCCCUGGGGGUGGGGGCUGCAGCUGUCAGUGACCCUGAGGAGCUCAUGACUUAGCAGUUUCUGACCAGAGUGGGAGUGGGUCAGGGCACCUGGCCGCAGUAGCUUGCCUUUGUGGAUUCUGCUGUCUGAUCGGUUUCUGUCCCUCUGCCUGAGCUGUAGGCAGCAGGGACAAGGACAACCAAGCGCUCGUCUAAGUGUGUGAAGGAAGGUGUAGCAACACCGCAGACACAGCCGUCCUUCGUGGGGCUCGCUCUCGCCUACUGGCCCCACGUCAGCUCUUGGAGUGGGAACUGCCCCCACAGGCCCCAGCUUUGACCUGCCCUGUCGUGACCUGACGACCCAUGUGGGACGACCCCUUCCUGGGCACUGUGGCACAUGCGUGGACCUCGGGCUGGGCUGGCCACAGCUGCCUACAGGGAGCAUAAAUGUUAGGAUGUGAGUGAA